AUGUCACCAAUUACUCGUAGCAAAACAAGUCCAAGACCAGAACUAGAUGAUGCUUUUCUAUUAGCUGUAUUGCGUAUACAAAAAGAUGCUCAAAAAUUACUUGGCGCGGAGUUAACUGCACUAGAAAUCAGGCAAAAACUUUAUAAUAGUCAGUCACAAGAAUUCUGGCUGGUUAAUAAUUUCGAUGCUUUACAUGAAGUUAUAUAUUAUAAAAUGAAAAAAAAUUUAUUUACCAAUUAUAAAGAUCAAUUAACAGCUGCUGGAAUAGAAGUUACAAAAAAAUUUACUACUGGUCAUUAUCAACACAAAGGGUCAUUAAAUAAUGUUCAACUUCGUGACAAGGUAAAAGAACGAGUUAUAAAGUAUGCUGAGCAAGAGAUUUCAAAAAGAACUCACAAUUUAGCCAACAACAAUAAUAAACCAAAUGAUCUUAUUGGUUUAGUUAGAACACAAAUAUCUGAGGAACUAGAAGAUAAGUUAACAAAGAUUGUUCAUGGGUCAAGUACUGAUUAUGCUUUAUUUACAAGUGGUGCACAAAUUAUAAGUCAACUAACAUCAAGAGUUUAUGAAGAAUGGCCAAGAAAAAUGCACCAGAAACUAUGGGGUUAUUUAACACAUCAAAAUAUUAUAAAAAGUCGUGAACCAGAUGUAGUGUUAAAACCAAAUACCAAUGUUGGUGAGUGUUGGUGUUUCAAUGGUACAAAAGGUCAAAUUGCCAUAAAAUUAUCUAGAAAUAUUGUUUUCACUCAAUUGGCACUAUAUCAUAUUGGCAAAAAUGUUUCAAUUGAUCCAAUCAGUUCUGUUCCAAAGGAUUUUGAAUUGUGGGGAUUACCUUCAGACAAUGAAGAAGAUGUUAAAAGAAAAAAGGAAAAUGAUUUCAGUAUAUUUUUAGGCCAAUAUCAAUAUGAUUUAAUGGGCAAACCAUUGCAAAUAUUUCAUUUGCCAAAAUCUAUUUCAAGAGUCAACAAUAAACGCAUUCAAGCUAUAAUGAUGAAGGUUUUGAAUAAUCAUGAGAACCCAAGAUUUACUUGUUUAUAUAGACUUCAAGUACAUGGACUAUUUCCACAAUAA